CAACGUUUCCCAUCGUACGCAGCACUUGAAUGCCAUGAGUUACAUAUCAGAGCAGUUGAUUCAUUACCUCUUUAUCAUCUUUGUGUCAAAAAAUCACAGAAGAUGCUGCAGCUGAGAUCUGGAUGAACAUCUGUGAAGCUGUUCAUGCACUCAGUCUUGUGUGCAAAAAUUGGACUUCAGGUUGCAGCCUAUUUUAAAGAGCCAACAAUCGUACACAAUGAAUUACAAUCAUUCCCAGUUGGAUAAUGAAACACUGGCCAUGCUUAAGAAUCCAGCCGUCAGAAGUAUACUGCCAGUUUUGUAUUCACUGGUGGUUUUAAUCAGCAUUCCUGGAAAUGUGUUCUCCCUCUGGGUUUUCUUCUUUCACAUCAAGCCCAAAACAUCUUCUGUCAUCUUCAUGAUUAACCUCAGUCUCACAGAUCUAGUUCUGGCUUGCUGUCUUCCCUUACAAAUUGCCUAUCACAUCGAAGGAAACAACUGGUUGUAUAGCAACUACUUGUGCAGCGUUGUCACAGUGAUGUUUUAUGCAAACAUGUAUUCUUCAGUACUUACAAUGACCUGCAUCAGCUUUGAGCGCUUCUUGGGAGUUGUGUGUCCAAUGAAAUUAGUCACAUGGAGAAAAAAGAGAUAUGCAUUAGGAGGCUGCAUCGUCAUAUGGGCUGCUUUACUAUUAGCUCUGUCUCCACUAGCAAAGACAGACCUGACCUAUGAAGUGAAAGAGUUAAAUAUCAAAACGUGCUUUGAUGUCCUCAAGUGGACUAUGCUUCCUAGUAAAGUGGCUUGGGCAGCUUUUCUCUUUGCACUGUUCGGUGUUUUCUUCCUGAUCCCAUUCAUAGUGACAGUGAUUUGCUACAUUGGCAUUAUUCGGAAACUUGUCCAGGCUUCUCACAGAUAUGGCAAUGGGCAGAAAACACGAUCAAUCUGGUUGGCUGCAAUUGUCCUCCUUGUUUUCAUCACUUGCUUUGCCCCCAACAACUUUGUCCUGCUUGUUCACAUGAUCAGCCGCCUCUACCUGGAAAAGAGUUACUACCACAUUUACAAACUCACUUUGGGGCUCAGUUGCCUCAACAACUGUAUAGAUCCAUUCAUUUACUACUUUGCAUCCAAAGAGUUUCACCAGACCUUCAUGCAGGUGAUUGGCCGGAAGGUACUGCUGAGUGACAGUACAGAGAUCAGGAGGGACAGUGUGUUUUCAGCCAAUGGCAGGACAAUGUCAGCAAGAUCAAUGUCAAGUGGCCCUGGGGAAGCUACGGGUAUUGAUAAACCAUUUUUGCAAAGGAAUGAAAGUGUUUUUUAACACCAGCUUUGAAGUGUGAAAAAGAUGCCUUCUUUCUCAAAUGGGAUAAACUUUAGUAAAUAUCAAUUGCCACCAGGAAAUAUAAAUACUGCAAACAACAUUUCACUCUGCUGAGUAAAAGCAAAACUUCAUUUCACAGGAAUUUUGAGGGGCUUGCAAAGGUAUCCCAAAAAAUGAUUUGUCCUCUAGAGGCUCUAGUCUCAUGUAACAAUUACCCCAGAAGAUGACAUCCCACAUGACAUAGAAAAAAGUUAAUACAUAUUUCCAGGCACUGUGGGACAAUUCAACAAAUGGUUACUGUUUUGUAGCCGGUAGAUAAUGCCAAUCUAAAAAAGGGGGAAAAAACUCCGAUGUUUCAGUUUAUUAAAUUAGUCAUAAACCGGUCAUUGAUGCAAAUACAAGCUCCAUUACAUUUUGUUCACUAAAAUUAAAACCAUAAUCAUGUCUGAUUGCAUAUAAUACACAGUAUUAAAAAUAUACACAGUAUUAAUAAAAGAUACACAAUAUAAACAGUUUUAAGUGAAAAUUUACAGCAAGUUAAGAGCAUCCUCAGGAUCAUAUGUAGCUUGCUUAUUGUGAACUUGAUACACAGGAGCAUAAAAGCUUGCUGCUUGUCUCAUAAUAUGGAGGUCUUAAGCGGUCAAUAAUUUUUCUAUACAUUUCUUAACUGAACACCCUGGGAUUUUUGCUAAUAUCGGGGAGAAAGUCAUAGCCUUCAUUGUACUAUAGAAAGGCAACAUAAUAAG